AUGAGCAACAAGGAUACGUACAAUCUCUACUCCAACGAAAGAAACAACGGAUACGGCGUUAAUCAGAUUCGAGGCGGUCAGGAUCAACUCAAAAGAAAAAUUGCUGCAACCACUGAAUCAACAGCCAAAAAACCACGAACAGAUAAACUCUAUGAGAUUGUUCCUGGUGUUACUUUUCCAACGGCCGAAACAAUGGGAAUUGACACACCAAUGGAUCCCGACUUCUCUCGUCUUCCAAAAGGAUUCAAACUCGGGAAAUUGGCUCGUGAGAAAUUUGCGGGAAUCGUCAAGGCAGAUCUCUAUGAUCAAUAUGAAAUCCAAUUCUACUGUAGCCUCUUCGAGCAUUUUUCUUACAAUCCAAUCUAUUUGUUCGACCAGGACAUCUGGAUUCCAGCUCACGUUCACGCUUACACGGAGGUCAUCAAGUUCCGAACUCCACCAUACGUUCUUCUGCAACAAGCUCUCUCGGCUAACCACUUUCACACCUGA